CUGCAUUUCUGCAUCUCUGCAUCUCUGCGUGUCUGCACAUCUGCACCCUUGCCUGUUUCCCCCCAAGUUUACCCUGAUUUAUGAAUGUUUGCCCUGAUCAAGCCUGCCGUCGUUCAAACACAAAUGCUCGCGUUGCGUAUCUCACAGGAUAUCCAAAUCAUGAUUGAAUAACAUUCGCUUGAAUCUUUGUUAUUUCCAUCUGUCUCCGGAUAAAUUUCCAGGGCGAGCAGUGGCCUCCCUGAUAUUAUUUGAUUCAUAAAGACCGACUCGAUAUACUCGCAGUUGGCCAAAAUCGCUCUUGACCGCAAAUCACAACCCACGAGGCGGGGUGCAUGCAAUCAACAUGCCGACACUCGCCUUAAUCAACUUCAACAUCGUCUGCGCGACGCUAGGGGGCUUCAUCUCCCUUUUUGGACUUGUCUCCUAUCUUUGCAAGGACGUGUUUUACCUGUCCGAGGCUUUGAUCUCUCUCCUAGCCGGUGUCGCAUUCUCCCCACAUGCAGCGAACUUCAUAAGACCUCAAGACUAUGCCUUGCAUGACGAACAGAACCUCGAAACGAUCACGCUGCACUUCACCCGUCUCGUCCUAGGUGUACAGCUGGUCCUUGCCGGUGUGCAGCUCCCCAAACGCUACCUUCAGGUCGAAUGGAAGAGCCUGGCCUUGCUGCUCGGCCCGGGUAUGGCUGCUAUGUGGCUGUGCAGCAGCCUGGUGAUCUGGGCCAUGGUCCCAAACUUCAAGUUCCUCCAUGCGUUGAUCGUCGGUGCUUGUGUAACCCCGACAGACCCUGUCCUGUCCAACUCUAUUGUCAAGGGGAAGUUUGCCGACAAGAACGUUCCCCGUCCGCUGCAGAGGAUCAUCAUCGCCGAGUCGGGCGCUAAUGAUGGUCUUGGGUAUCCUUUCCUUUUCUUUGGGAUUUAUCUCCUGCAAUAUACUGGCAUGGCAAAGGAGAGCUAUAGUGGCGGUGCUGGGAGAGCUAUGGCGCUGUGGUUCUAUGAGACCUGGGCUUAUACAAUCCUGUUGAGUAUUGCAUAUGGAAUAGUUGUUGGUUAUAUCUCGAGGAAAUUGUUGCAUUGGGCCGAAGAGAAGCGCUAUGUGGAUCGGGAGAGUUUCUUGGUGUUUGCCAUUGCUCUUGCGUUGUUUAUCGUGGGAACAUGCGGUUUGAUUGGAACCGAUGAUUUACUUGCUUGUUUCAUUGCUGGAAACGUGUUUACGCAAGAUGACUGGUUCCGUCUCGAAACUAUGGAUGACUCCCUCCAACCAACCAUCGAUAUGCUGCUCAACUUGUCUGUGUUCAUGUGGUUCGGAGCUGUCUGCCCAUGGUCAUCUUUCCUGAACAAUAGCGUGAUUCCGAUCUACCGUCUCAUCUUCUUGGGAAUCCUGAUCCUCCUGGUUCGAAGGCUGCCCAUCGUCUUCGCCAUGCACAAAGGUAUCCACCAAAUCGAGCUAGUCUCGCAGGCAUUAUUCGUCGGAUUCUUCGGCCCGAUUGGCGUCGGAGCCAUCUUCUACCUAUCCGUCAGCCUUGAAUUCCUACGCGAGAUCAAAGUCAACGGCGAGAUCCCAGAGGAUGUUCAGCAAGUCAUCGAGACCAUUCAAGUUGUUGUCUGGUUCCUAGUCGUUUGUAGCAUUGUUGUACACGGUCUCUCUGUCCCAGUCGGAAAGGCAGGAUACCACCUCCCGCGAACUAUUUCCACUGCAAUGAGCACAGGCACAAGCGACGAGCCAACACCAGUGCCAAUCUCAAACAUUAGACACACUCAUAGCACGGCCACACCGCUUGAGGAAGUAAACAGCCAUCAAAGCCGUAAGCGUGGCGGUGCACGAGAGCCCAACGGACCAUUCUCUGGCAUUCAUCGCUCGGUGAUUCGCCCUCGAUCACCGUCGAACCAGCCUGGUACUGGCCAGAUUGAUGAACCUGAGAGACCUGUUCGUCUUGUCUUCCAGGAACCGACAGCUGAAGAGGCUGACCGGUAGGUUUGUAUCAAAAAAGUGGUGGACUGAUACGGGGUUGAUGACUUGAGGAGAUAUUCUUUUUGGUCAAAAGGAAGACGAUUAAUGGAGGGAGAGGUAAGAAGGAAGGAAGAAGGAAG